UCCCCUCAUUUCAUCAUCUUUCGGUCCUGCUUUUCUUUCUUUCUUUCCCACUGUAACUCAUUUCAGUGUUCUCUCUCUCUCUCUCUCUCUCUCUCUCUUACUGGUAAACAGACAUCCCCAGUCUCUUACCCACCAGCAGCAUUGCUUCUAUACAUAGCAGAAAACCCUUUCACUUUCAUAGCUUUCAUCUCUGAACUUCCAGAGAGCUUAAAGCAGAAGAAGGAAGAAAGAAAGAAAUGGAUUCUCAAGAUUCCUCACUGACCCACCACCACUUGCACCACCACCACCAGCCGCCGCAAUUCCGCGGCGGCGAGCACGCGCCGCCGCGGUCCAUGAUGAUGUCUGCGCCGCCGCCUCCGCCUCCGCAGCAGCAGCCCAACUACGCCAUGCCCGGAAGCAACGGCGGCGGCGGGAUGAUGCAGCAGCAGCAGCAGCAGAGCAGGGUGUUUCCGUUCAAUUCCAUGGUGGGUCCCAAGGCGGGGCCCCCGCCGGCGGAUUGCUCCGGCGGGGCGUCUCCUAGGGCUUCCGGGUUCAGCAUUGAGCCGGCGGUGGCGAAGAAGAAGAGAGGGCGGCCCAGGAAGUACUCGCCGGACGGUAACAUCGCGUUGGGGCUCUCUCCUUCUCCUGUCACCCCGGUUUCCUCCGUCGCUGCUCCCGACUCCGCCGUCGUCGCUGCUACCGCCGCCGGCGCCACUCCUUCGUCGGAAACACAAGCCAAGAAGAUCCGGGGAAGGCCUCCGGGCUCUAUAAAGAAACAGCUUGAUGCUCUUGGCUCUGCAGGAGUUGGUUUCACGCCGCAUGUAAUCACAGUGAACCCAGGAGAGGAUAUAGCUCAAAAGAUAAUGGCGUUUUCGCAGCAAGGACCAAGAACAGUUUGCAUUCUAUCUGCAAAUGGCGCUAUUUCCAACGUUACCCUUCGCCAACCCGCAACCUGCGGUGGCACAGUGACUUUAGAGGGCCGGUUUGAGAUCAUCUCUUUAUCGGGUUCGUUCUUGCUAUCUGAAAGCAAUGGCAGCCGCAGUAGAUCAGGCGGGCUGAGCGUGUCGCUGGCUGGGGGAGAUGGUAAAGUCGUGGGCGGUGGAGUUUCUGGAAUGCUCACCGCAGCUUCACCAGUACAGGUGGUUGUGGGGAGCUUCAUUGCAGAUGGCAAAAGGCCAAAGCAGAAGCAAUCCCCGACGCCAGCACCACCACCACCGCCACCCCCAUCGAACAUGCUGAACUUUGGCGGCCCGGGGGCUGCAGGGGCCAGCAGCCCUCUCUCGGAGGGCCCCUCGAGCGAGUCUGAAGAGGAAAACAGCAGGAGCCCCCCGCACCACCCCCACCAUGGAUCCUUGCCAUACAGCAACGCGGGCCAACCCGUGCAGCCAAUGCCAAUGUAUGCCAACAUGGGGUGGCCUAACUCCGCCUCCAAAAUGCUUCCUUGAUGAACUGAACAGCUCCGAUCCCCUCUGCCAUCUGACAAGCUCGUUCUCUAUCUCUCGCUCUCGAGAUUCCUGCAAAGGCUAACAGGCGACACCGUCUUCCCCUUCCCCAGUUCACCCCUUUUCUAUUCCUUAGUUUAAUGGCCUCUUUCUGCAUUUCUGCAGAUUGAAACAUGGCAUCAGAGCCAUGGAGUAGUAGCUUAAUUAGUUGAGAUAUGAUGUGGUUUAGUACUGUAAUAUGAUGACUGCUAAACUUGAAUUUUUAUUGUGUAGCCUGCAAUAGUGUUGUAGAAGUAAUGUAAUGAUUUGUUGUUAACCA